UGUGCUCAUACAACAGGACUGCCUAACCCCAAGCGGUUGAAGAUGAAGCCACGCUGUUUAACAACCUCUAAUUUUACUAUGCGAAUCAGUGCUUUGAAGUGGAUGCCGUGGGUUGACUUGAAAUACGAAGGAGACAAAAUUACCAUAUCUGGACCGAUGGCAAAUCUGCUGAACAAUCUUGCAUUGUCGAUAAACUUUAAAUACGAACUUUUCAUGCCGGCUGAUCGUGAAUGGGGUAUGAUAGUGAACAAUACAUGGACAGGUAUGAUUGGAAUGCUUCAUCGAAAAGAGGCAGAUUUGGCUAUUGGACCAUUUGCCAGGACGUAUGACCGUUCCAAAGUGUCCACUUUCACGUCAACAGUGACCACUAACCACCUCACCAUCAUGGCAGGUCGCAUGAAGGAUCAAAGCACGAACGUGUUUGGUUACAUUCUGACAUUCGACUGGCAGGUUUGGCUUGGUCUGUUGAUUGGCAUGAUUGUUCUAAUUUUGACGUCACUUCUAAUUGAUGCCAUAUAUGAUCGAAAGUACAGAACCUUCCCUACCGCUACGAGGAGGGCAGGCCAACAUUUCUGGACGUUUUUUGCUACAGUGUUUUGUGAAGCGUCACCGAACCUGCCGGAUAGUACACCUGGUCGAUUCUUAGUGGCGGUCUGGUGGCUCGCUAUUAUCGUCUUGAUGAACGCCUUCAGCGGGCACAUGAAGGCCAGCAUUUUACUGAAGAGGGACGUCAACAAGAUCCAGACAAUGAAAGACCUGGUAGCACAAGGUGGAAUUCAACCUCUAGUGUGGAAAGGAACUGCAUACGAAGCCUACCUUAGAGACUCGCAGUCCCAAGAUGUGGUUGCAGUUUGGAAGAUUAUACAAAACUAUCCAGGCAGCUUACUCACCCAAGAAGAGCUUUACAAUAAAGUAAACCUAAGGGCUGUUCUGAGUGGGCAAAAGGUAAUAAUCAAGGAUAUCGCAACCAUGACCCACGUGAUCACAAAUCGAUGUCACGAGUUUAAUGAUGGAGAGUUCUACUUCGCUAAGGAAAUUUUCUUCAAGCACAACAUGGCCAUGGCAAUGAGGAAGGAUCUCGAUCCUUGCGUUAAGAAAGAAAUAAACAGAAGAAUUAGAUGGCUGGUAGAAGGUGGACUGUUCGAAAAGUGGUUGAAAGAGUCUUAUGGAGAACUUGGAAAGUGUAGUGAUAUUGAUCAUUCAAAGAUGGAAGUGUCUUUUGGACUUCAAGACGUUGGAGCAAUUUUUAUUCUGUGGUUGAUCUUCACCGGCAUUUCUACCGCUGCUUUCUUCUUGGAGUUGUGCUGCCACGCAAUAUCUAAAUAUUCUGGUAUAAAGUAUUAA